AUGAAGGUCCAGAAUCUGCUCGUUCCUCUUUUUGCCAGCGCUACGCUGGCAGACCAUCAUCCAGGCGCAAAGGAAAAGUGCGGCCGACUUGGUGUUAUGGAAUGGGACCCUGCCGAGCUCCCUGAGGGUGUGACCCCGGACAUGGUCCGCAUGUGCGCUGAUCACCCCAUGGGGAUGGGCAACUACUGGGGUUGGGGCGAGUACAUGCCCGACUGGGUCCCCGUCAACCCUCUGGUUUACUUGCUUGAAUGGUGGUAUGGUGACCAUGAUGGCAAUGAUGGCGGUGACGAUGGUGAACUCGAGCUUGACCUCGACAUCGACCUGUAG